AUGAUGGAACAAUCCUCUCUAUCUGCAGUAACUAGCGUCCAGCUGUCUCCCGAAACGACUCCCGGGUUUACACAUGUAGACGAAUUGACAACUGAGAGCGCGGAAGUGACCUCUCGGCUUCUCACAGAGAACCACACUCAGUUUCAUACCCGAUGGAAACUUACCUUUCACAACCACCUCGCUCAUCACCUCCUCACCCUAUGGGCACUUGGAGCGUCUCCAUCCGAGAUACAGGCUAUGUGGAACUAUAACGCUGCGUACCAGACUGGCCUACAUGAUCCAGACGUUGAAUCAAAGCAUCUAGAUUUGCAGAACCCUCAGGCUUUUAAACAGGCCUUGGGGAAGGACGAGAAUUACGCAGUAUUCCUCAAGUUCUUUGAAAAUGAGAUUCACGACAAGGGUCUGCCUGAGGUUCUACAGAUAUAUCUGCUUGACGGCUCCGAAUUAGCAAAUGACAUUUUCUAUCGCCUAUGGACAGAUCUCAUGCAUCCCGCAAUUCACCUGGGCUGCGGCUUGGAAUUCAACCAGCCAAGCAUUAUUGCGGAAGCUUUGGCGGGGGCAUGCGUGCACCAAGACUGGGCGAGAGUGUUCCUUGAGCCCACGGAGAAGUCCACAGCUCCUCAUUCCGAUGUUUCAUCAUCUCUUUUCAUCCAAAUGCUGGAAAGUCUUCAUAAUGAUCCACUCAUAUCGUCUGGUGUGAAGCACGACGACCCGUUCAACAAGAUUCCUGAUGGCCUCCUGAAGAGGGUAUCUGGAGAGGCCUUUGCUCCCCAUCUCAGUAUAUUCCAGUGCAGCGAACAAAAUGGGGACUUACGUGACAAGAUGACGGAUAUGUUUUAUGGCUGCGUUUACAUGGUAAGUGCAGCGCAAAGCCCUGGCAAGCAUGAGGCUCUUGAUUUCGUUACUCUCCACAGCGUUACGAUGGCCGGGUUCUUUCCAGCUAUUCUAGCGCUUGAUUGGAUGUCGGAUCAUGACAAGGCACGGCUGCUGGUGGCCAAAGCCAGGGUUGACGGUGUCAUGUAUGCUGGCUGCGGAGUCCCGUUCCUAUACCCCGGGAGGGUGACACAUUACAUUCCAAAACACCCUGAUCAAGAUUGGUCACAACUUCUUAAACGGGCUAUUGGCUACUAUGAUGAGGGACACGCUGCUAAGUUUGUGAGGGCGAUGCUUAGUUUGCAGGUUCUGGAUGGUCCGCCCGCUGGUUUCCCCAUCGCAAAACCCGACCUCAUCAAGGUUGUACACAUGGCGUUGGACUCUAUUGAGCGAGCCAUGGAACCUGGGGGAAGCGAAAUGCCAGAGAGUGCGGCUCAGGCCGUGAUCAACCGGAUUGGGCUGGGCGGCGAGAUGGUCAAGAAUAACAUGGUGCGAUGGGUGUUCUACAACGGCUUAGAAAAGGCCUGGGACUUUGUACCUAUAAAAAAAAAGAAAUCAUGUAAUAAUCUACUUAAAGAAUUAGUUUAG